GAAAGUCAGUGUUGUUAGAUAACUCUGUAAACUUGUGUUGUACACAACCAUUCUCGUAAACAAACAUGCAGACCAUUCUUGCUUUCGCCGCUCUCCUGGCCAGCGCCGUGGCCGCCCCUGGCCUGCUGGUCGCCCACGAGACACCAGUAGUGGCUGCAGUCCACGCCGCCCCUGUCGUGCACGCUGCAGUCCCCGUCGUUGGCUCCAAAACCACAAUCACCAAGAGCAGCCAAGUCGUCAACCAUGGAACCCCUAUUGUACACGCUGUUCACGCUGCCCCCGUCGUUCACGCUGCCCCAGUCGUUCACGCUGCCCCUGUUGUUCACGCUGCCCCAAUCGUUCACGCUGCCCCAGUCGUUCACGCUGCCCCAGUGGUUCACGCUGCCCCAAUCGUAGUCAAGACUGCCCCAGUCGCUGUCGCGCACAGCACCUCAUACGUUCAUCAUACCCCCGUGGUGAAGGCCGCUUUAGUCGCCGUCCAUUAAGUGGAAUCGAUUUUAAGGUUUAUAAUAAAUUAAGUGUUUUCUAAUAUUUUUUUUUUAUUUUAUAUUUAUUUCAUUAUGAUUAUUUUUUUUUCGAAUUUAAAUCACAAUAUUGAGAGAUUAAUUUAUAAUUUUUAAUAGAAAUUGCACUGUGUUUAUAAAUGACAUAUGUAUUUAUUAAAUUUGAAUAACUCUAAAGUAGCCAUAUUCUAUCAAAAUCCAAAAAUGUACCACAAUCUUACAUAUGAUUAUUGUGAAUUGGAUCAAAAUGCAUAAUGAUCUAGUUCAAUGCAUUAUCAAAGAUAAUCAAUUUAACACAUGGGAGCACCCUUUAUGUGGGGAAAAGAGAUUGUUAGUAAUAUAGACUAAUGGCCCCAUUGCU